UAUAUCAGUGAAUUUCUUUAUCUUAUUAGUGAUAGAUAAUUACAGGGGGACCAUUAACUUCUACUUAUAUAUCAUAGCUUAAUUUGUUUACGUCAAUGGGAAACCUACUGUUACAGGUUCAUUUUUAAAAUGUGUAAAAAGUUGCUAUUAAUUCAAUUUUUAUUGGGGUUUGUGUUUAAAUGUGGUCGGCCACUUAAAGUUGAUGAACGAAUUGAAUAUUCAUAUUCGAUACCACAGCACUCGAGCUACACCUAUGUGUCUAUCAACAACCCACAAUGGGUAACGCAAAAACCAACAAAUUACGACCACUGGCUAACAAGCACUUACGUUCCGCAGUGGACUACUCCGAAACCGACCAGCACAGUGCACCAGAGCUAUAUCACUCAGACUACACCAAAACCGGUAGAUAAUGCAAAUGUUGCCAACAACACUGGUCUCUCGGGAUGCGGAGGUCGUGGCGGGUAUUAUUUCAAUCGUAUCAUAGGAGGAACAAGCGCUACGCCAGGCGAAUUUCCGUGGCAGGUGUCAAUUCAAGUAGACGACGGAAGACAAUUACAUCAUAUUUGUGGAGGUGCUAUUUUGUCAGAGCACUGGGUCAUCACGGCUGGACAUUGCGUUAGUCAAGUGCCUGUAUCAUCCUUGUCUAUUGUAGGAGGAGACCACAAUCUUUAUGUAUUGGAAGGAACCGAACAACGCCGAGGCAUUGUUAACGUUUUCACAACUUUCUUCGAUCUGGCUACAUUUAGGAAUGAUAUAGCGCUGCUAAAAGUAAACAGUCCGUUAAUACUGAAAUCGGGUUCUAGGGCGUCCGCCAUUUGUCUACCUGAAAAACAUGAUAAAUUUCAAGGACUAGCUACAGUAUCAGGCUGGGGUCGUAUGACAGAGGCAGGGAAUUCUCCUCAAACAUUACAACAAGUGACAUUACCCUUUAUCGACAAAUAUUCUUGUAGAGCGAGAUAUCAGCAAGUUGGAUUUUCACAAUAUCUCAGUGAAUGUCAACUAUGUGCUGGAACUCCUUACGGGGGCAAAGAUGCUUGUCAGGGAGAUUCUGGUGGACCUUUAGUAUGCGCCAAGGACAGCGGACAAUAUUUUCUUUGCGGAAUAGUCAGUUGGGGAAUUGGAUGUGCUAGACCUGAUUACCCUGGCGUUUAUACCGAGGUGUCAUGUUUUGUGGAUUGGAUAAAAAAUACUAUGGCACAAAAUUGGUAGCAGCAUAGAAUUGUGUCUACACACAACAAUCUAUUAUAGUAUUCUUGGUAGAAAAUGUUUUUUCAAAUAAAAGAUUACACUAUUA